AUGUGUCCAGUCCAACAAGCAUUUCCUGACCAGCUGCCUUCCAAUAUGAACUAUCAUGCCUUAUUACAUAGCCAGAUUUACGAUUACUUUCUCUCAGCUGGGAUGUAUAGCUGUGGACAAGCACUUCUUAACUCCGAUUAUAACCUGCGGCACCAAGUUAUGCACGCCGCGGCUCAGCGAUGCACUACCGAGCCGCGUAAUGCCACACCCUCUCUGUUCGACUCGGGUUUUGGGAGCUCAUAUUCGUCACCAUGUGAGGAACCAUAUCCCACGGAUCCAGAGGAUCUAUCAAGAGCAAAGACCGAGCCUGCGCUUCUGUACCAGUGGUUCUGUACUUUUUGGGACACCCUGAAUUCUACUCAAGCCCAAGCUACUGGUAUUCCGGUGCAGGACUGCUUGAGCUAUCCGCAAGAUCUGCCUCAACAUCUUUUCGAGUCUCAGCCAGCAAUAUGUCAAGACUCUCUAAGUCUCCAGUCGCUGGAGACCGAUCACCCCGCAGAGCGAUACAGCAUCGACAACGUCGAGAAAAAGACGGGCAAAUAA